AUGUCCAAGUCCAGCGCUACCCUCCCUCCGAUUGCCGGCCCGACGCCCGCGACCCUGUCGACGUCGCUCAACACCGUGGUUGUUACCCCGAGCAGCGGCUCUGCCUCCACCUUCACCGAGACCUUCUACAACUACCUGCCGGCAACUGCAUCCCAGCAUUUCAUCAAGACGGACAGCGCGGCCCCCACGGGUUCAGUCGAGUCAUCAGGCGCCUCCGCCACUGGCAGUGCUGCCAAGACCAAUACUUCCAAGACCGGCUCCGCCGUGUCGACCAAGGCAGUGGUUGCGCUGAUGCUCGGCGUCAUCUCUGCUGGCCUUGCUCUCUAA